AUGGCCGAUGCACCGCCUGCCUAUUCGCCUGUAUAUUUGCCUGCGCCCAUGGGUGCCUCUCCCAUAACUGUAUCGGUACCAGAGGAUCAAGGCGCAGAUGAUCCCUAUUCGUUCCUGACAAGUUUCGACACGAUAUUUCUGAUCGACGACUCUGGCUCCAUGGCAGGCAGCAGAUGGAGAGAGACCGGCGAAGCCCUGGAGACAAUCACGCCGAUAUGCACUGCCCACGAUCAAGAUGGCAUCGAUAUAUAUUUCCUCAACACGAAGGAUUCGGACUUUCACCACAACGUCACCAGUGCAAGUACAGUGCGUGAGAUCUUUGAGACAGUGCUACCUGGAGGAGGCACGCCAAUGGGACAGCGCUUGAACAGCAUCCUCAAACCAUAUUUGCGCAGAUUCCAAGCCAGCCCGGAGACCGUCAAGCCCAUCAACAUCAUCUGUAUAACGGAUGGCGAGCCGAGCGAUGAUGUCGAGAGUCCGCUGAUUGCUACUGCCAAGAAACUCGACAAGCUCGAUGCGCCAGCGUGGCAGGUAGGCGUUCAGUUCUUUCAAGUGGGCCGCGAUGAAGAGGCAAGGCGACACCUCCGACAGCUCGACGAUGAACUCGCUGAGAUCGCGGGCGAUGAUGAGCUGCGCGACAUCAUCGAUACCGUCCCUUUCACCGGCACCGAGGGCACGCGUCUGAACGGCGAUGGUAUUCUCAAGGUUGUUCUGGGUGCGGUGAACAGAAGACUAGAUCGCAAGAAGAGUAAGGAUCUUCACCGGUGA